CGCGCCGCGCACGGUCAACCAGCGGAUGAAGCGCGAUGGCGACGCUACCACUACCCGCAGAGAGUGGAUCUGCCACUUCGUCUUCUCGCCCGCGGACGUUGGCGGCACCGCCCAGCUCGAUAUCUACUUCAAUAACGGCACCGAUACGGAGGGCGAAGGAUACGCUGUCGGCGCCGGGUCCGCGCUUGCAAAGGUUAAAUACACAGAGCACGACAAGAAGAUGCGCGUUACCGCUGCGGUCCCCCUCUCCGAUGCCCUCGAGAAGGAGGGUAUCGAUGUCAACGACCCCCUCGCCGUCGUGAAGUACCUCCGCGGCAACAUCGACUGGGUUAUGCGCAAGGGCAAGAAAAACUACUACGACCUCUCUCUGAUCCCCUCACUGAAAGUCGGCGUCUCCUCGUCGGUCGUGACAUACCGCGGCAAGAAGGAGCUGCCGGAGUGGACCGAGUUCGAGACGUACUACGAGGUCACCGAGAAGAAGCGCUGCGGUAUGGAGUAUAAGGAUAGCGAUAUGGUCGACAGCAGAGAUGCGGAGAGGUUCUUUGGCGGGAAGAAGAACUCGACUGCUACUGCGACUGCGUAACGGAGGAACGGAGUAACUAUGAGCUGAUGAGGUUUAUGAUUUUCUUGGUAUGAUUUUUCUUGGUACGGGUAGAUUCUAGGUGUUUUUGUUUUUGUCAUUUUUGCGAGGGGGGCGAGCAUGGUUCUUCAUUUUCAUUGGUUUUUUCUUGGGCAUUUACGGGGUAUUAGGCAUUCAUUUUUGGGAUUUCUUUUUUUUUUUCCUUUCCUUUUUCAGUUCUUAUGGGCUCAUGGGAGUGGGCUUGGGCUUGGGCUUGGGCGUCACGAUAAUUUUGGCAGAGAGGGGGGGAGAUCGAGGUGGGAAGGGGACGAGGCGAUGAUAGAGAGGCGAGAUGGUGGAAUGCGGGGAACGUCUAGGAUAUGGAUAUGGAUAUGGAUAUGAAUUACUUUCGGUAAAUUUGAUGAUCAAUCAUAGG